UGUCUUUCAUUCUCUAGACACAAAGACAAGGAUACUGAGUUUGUCAGCCUGUGUAAAGGUCUUCAUGUAACAGACAUGGUGUGUGAACAAGCCUGGAAGCUGUGGAAGACUGUUCAAGACACCAUGGAAGAAGUCGCAGACAGUCAGAAAAGGCUGUGGGGGGCAUGUCUGUUUGUUUCGGCUACAGACAUGGAUGUCUCCUGUUUCACUGUAACGCAGGUCCUGAAAGCAGUCAAUCUGAAUGUGAAACAGUUUGUCGCUCUGGUGAGGAAGUUGGAUGUGAACUUGGAUACUAUAAGCACCAAGGUGAAUUCAGCUCUCUUGCGCCUGGAGAACAAGUAUGAUGUGACCCUGGCUCUCUACCAGAGGUUUGAGAAAACAUGCAAGAAAAUAUUUGCUUUGGUCACGGAUGAACAGGAGAGGGAGACCAUGCGGAGCUGUUGGACAAUGUUUCUUCUGGCCAAAGGAAGGGCCUUACAGGUGGAAGAUGACCUGGUCAUAUCGUUCCAGCUGCUGCUUUGUACUCUGGAGUUGUGCAUCAAGCGCUGCCCUCCAGAGCUUCUGCAGCCUCUUUACAAAUCAGCUAUCAGCAAAGUUCAGAGCCCCCCAACACGGACAUCUCGUCGCAACCAGAGCAAAGCCAAAUCACGACCUGCAGAACCAGAGGUGGAUCUGCAGCUUCUGAAAACCUUGUGCGACGAGAAUGAAUGCAACACAGAAGAGGUGAAGAAUGUAUACCAGACGAGUUUCUCAGCCUUCCUGGACUCACUGGAUCUAUCCAAAUCUCCAGAUUUUCCUCAGGUGUCUGACCUAAACCAACAGUAUGAAGAGCACUACCUCAAGAGCCGAGACUUUGACGGACGGCUGUUUUUCGACGGGGAUGAGACUGUUCUCAUGCCUAAAGUGGAGAUAUCACAGGUGGAGAGAACGCCAAAGAAGAACUUUCCAGAUGAAGACGCUGGAAUCAUCCCUCCCCAGACUCCCAUCAGAGCUGCCAUGACUUCCAUUAAACAACUGAGAGGUGACCUCACCUGCAGUGGGGACCAGCCAUCUACUAACCUUGCUACAUAUUUCAAAAAUUGCACUGUGGACCCAACGCAGGGCGUGCUGAAGCGUUUGGAGGUACUUGGUCUGACAUUCAGCCAGAGGUUCGGUCAGGCAGUCGGCCCGCGCUGUGUCGUACUCGGCAGGCAGAGAUUUACCCUCGGUGUCAGACUGUAUUACAAAAUCAUGGAGGCAAUGCUGAAAUCGGAAGAGAAACGACUGUCGGUGCAAAAUUUCAGUAAACUCCUCAAUGACUCUACAUUUCACACCUCACUUGUGGCCUGUGCUCUGGAAGUAGUUAUGGCGACUUAUGGAGAGAGCAGUUUUAAGACGGGAGGAUACAACCUUGAUGGUUGUGAAGCGGCUGAAACAGACAUGUGUUUCCCCUGGAUACUGGAUGUGGUCAACCUCCCAGCCUUUGACUUCUACAAAGUUAUCGAGAGCUUCAUCAAGGCCGACCCCACCCUGAGCAAAGAUAUUGUCAAGCAUCUGGAGAUCUGCGAGAACCUCAUCAUGGAGAGGAUCGCAUGGAGGACGGGCUGCCCGCUGUUUGAGCUGCUGAAACAGGAGCAUGAUGGCGGAGCAGCAGAGCAGGUGGAGACUCCAGCCAGCUUUAGCCAACCAUUGCAGCACAACCACACUGCAGCUGACCUAUAUCUGUCUCCCAUGCGGCCGGGUCUUCGUGUCCUGCCUCCUGAGUUCUCGGCCACAACCAGCUCUCAGACGUCCUCUCAGCCUCCGACCCAGCCUGCUGGUCAGACUCCAAGACUCCCAAAGUCCAACUCCCUCAGCCUCUUUUAUAAAAAAUUGUACCGCCUGGCCUACUUACGGCUGAAGAUGCUCUGCUCCUACCUGCUGUCCUCCCACCCUGAACUGGAGCCCAUCAUAUGGACCCUGUUCCAGCACACUCUGCAGCACGAGCACGAGCUGAUGAGAGACCGCCACCUCGACCAGCUGAUGAUGUCCGCCAUGUACGCCAUAUGUAAAGUGAAGAGCGUUGAUCUCCGCUUCAAGACCAUCGUCACAGCGUACAAGAACAUGCCCAACACCAAUCAAGAGACCUUUAAGCAUGUGUUGAUCUCUGAGGGCCAUUAUGACUCCAUCAUCGUCUUCUACAAUCAAGUGUUCAUGCAAAAGUUGAAAACCAACAUCCUGCAGUAUGCAUCUACCAGGCCACCCACCCUCUCUCCGAUCCCACAAAUUCCACGCAGCCCCUAUAAGUUCCCCAACUCGCCCCUGCGUGUGCCUGGAAGCAACAACGUGUACAUCUCCCCUAUGAAGAGCUCCCGCAUGUCCCCGGGUAUCAUGACUCCUCGCUCCAGAAUGCUGGUAUCAAUCGGUGAAUCUUUUGGGCUGUCCAACAGGUUCCAGAAGAUCAACCAGAUGGUAAACAGCAGCGAUCGCUCCUUUAAGAGGACUCUGGACCUCGGCUCCACUCCGAAACCUCUGAAGAGGUUACGCUUCGACGUGGACGGACAAGAUGAAGCUGAUGGCAGCAAAUCUGGAGGAGACUCGACGCUGAUCCAGAAGCUCGCAGAAAUGAGCUCCACUCGCAGUCGCAUGCAGGAGCAGAAGAUGAAGGAGGAUGCAGAAUCCAGGAAGGAGUGACUCUAAAAGCUACUGAGCUGACUUGCACUGUUAGUCGCAACGUGAAACAUGAGUUUCUGUGUACAUUUAGAAUUGAAUUUUAGUUUUUAUUUAACUUUGUCUACGAGGAGUGAUAUGUGAAUAUAGAGGACUUUCUCCUCUCUUUUGUUCAUGCUUUAACGGAGUGUUUUAACUGAAUAAUGAUUGACAGUGAAUGUCAUUUCAAUUUUGACUUGUUGAAUUUUGACGUUUGGUUUUAGGAGUGAUAUUAACUUUGUGGGUGUUAUAAGAUUUUUUUUUUUUUCACAAUAGCAAAAAUGUUGAAUUGUCAAGAGCAUUGUUCAGAUAUUGAUUAUCUUGAAAAAAAAAAUGGGUACGUCUAUGUGCUAUCAGGACCUUCACAUGUUGACCUUCUUUUUGACAGACUCGUGUCCAUGUUUCCAAGGUUUGAAUCAUGAUGAGACAUUUGUGUUAAAUCAUGAUUAUUUCCCUCAAAGGAUUAGCUGCCAGCCUCAGAGGGAAAUCAUUCUGUCUUUUUUAAUGCAGUGGUUUUACUUUUAAAGUGAGUGUGUGUUGGGGAAUCUCCACACGAUCUGAGGUUCAUUUUUUGUCUGUGCCAAACGAUAGAAGCUACAAAACGAUCAAACGUCCCUGCAACAAAAUCCUGCAUGAUUUACACUCAGCUUCACUUCUUGCAUUUUGAAUACCUUAAAGGAUUCCUUCACAGGUCAUGCUUUUGUUUGAAGUAUUGGUUUACAUUAACUUGAGUUUUACUUGGCAAUGAAAAAAGCUAGACAUCAUAUGCAAACACCCUUUAUGUAUCUCAACUGAAACAAUAUUUUUAUAUGUCUGCCAGUCAUAUCUUUCAAAUACCAUGCUAGUAAAUGUUACAUUUUUUUAUGAUGUUUUUUUAGUAUUCAGAGAAAAGUGUGUGGGGGCAUAGCAACUGUAAUACAGCACAUAAAGCAAAUUCAUAUUUGGACUUUACUCGCAAAUCUGGAUGGAGAAAAAAAAUCCUAGAAAUGUCAAUAAUCUGACUUUUUAAAUAAAAUUGUGUUAAUAUUGUA